GUGCGCUUGGUCCACUUGUGAGACGCAUACAACAUAUGGGCUCGCGACCUCUCAUCACAGAGCUCAAGAUGGCAGUAUAAAACGUCCCUCCCAUUCCUGGGAUAGGUAGUGGUAGCUGUCGAUCCUUUACAGUACGUUAUACGAACCACUAUCGCCGAAUCAUGAAUCUUUCCCCUAGUGGAUCACAACGAACAGCAUGGGAAACGAACCGAUCAACUCCCUACCACCAUGUCAUUUCCUGAUGAACCCGUUGCCCAUCUCUUGGGUUCAAAUGGCCCGAUUCACUCGCUCGCAUACUCGGCCUCACCCGGCACCUACAUCCUCACAGGCUCUUCCGACCGCACCAUAAGACUCUAUAACCCCUUUCCCUCAAAGCCAGAAACCGUCUAUCCCACUCCUUCCACCUCCCACAUCACUGCUAAAUCCUCGUCAUCUUUCCCUGUCAUCCCCCAAGGCCGUCUCAUCCAAUCCUACUCCGCCCACGGGUACGAAGUCCUCUCGCUAGACGUAGCAGCCGACAACGAACGCUUCGUCUCCGCCGGCGGCGACCGCGCCGUCUUCCUCUGGGACGUCUCCACCGCCACCACCACCCGCCGCUUCGGCAGCACCGCCCACGGCCACACCGCCCGCGUCAACUGCGUCCGCUUCGCCGGGGACUCCGACUCCCUCGUCCUCUCCGGCGGCGUCGACACCACCGUGCGCAUCUGGGACGCCAAGUCUGGCAACGCCAAGCCGGUCCAGGUCCUCGACGAAGCCCGCGACGCCGUCACCUGCCUCGCCGUCCGCGGCGCCGAGGUCCUGGCGGGCAGCGUCGACGGCCGCGUGCGCGCCUACGACGUCCGCAUGGGCCGCUGCGUCGCCGAUGUUGUUGGUGCCAGCGUGACGAGCUUGUCCCUCGCCCGCGACGGCCGCGCUGUGCUGGUCGGCUCGCUGGAUAGCCGCUUGCGCCUUAUGGACCGCGAGCACGGCACUUGUCUGCGCACCUACUCCGACCCGGCUUGGCGGAACGAGGAGUUUCGUGUCCAGGCCGUCUUGGGUGGUCGCGAGAAAUGGGUGGUUGCUGGCGAUGAGAUGACGGCGGCUGGGGCUACCACAGGACCAGGACCAGGACCAGGGACAGGGACGGGAACGGCCAACGUUAGCGACGGCAAGGUGUGGGCUUGGGAUCUUCUGACGGGAGAGUUGGCCGCUGUGGUCCGCGUCCCGUGGGGUCCCCCGGGCUCUGAGCCGAAGAAGAAGGUCCUCGGCAAGGACGGCAAGGAGAAAGACAGGACAAACGUCACGAGCUGUAUCGCCUGGAAAGAAGACGGCUGGGGCGAUCAGUUCUGUGUGGGCGGGACAUCAGGCGUUGUCACCGUCUUCGGCACGUCUGCAUAGAACAUGCUUUGAAGGGUUGCUAUCUCGUAUCGGAGCUCAGCUCGAGCUUCGAGCUCCGGUUACCACUGUUGUAUUGCGCGUCUGUAUUAUUUGUGUCAUGAUAUUCCCCAAUCAUCCGUCUAUAGAAUCAAACACCUUUACCAUUGCCGUGC